AUGUCUAGGGAAGGAGCCCAAAUUGGUGAAGCACCCCAAACGCAGCGAACAGAUCAAAUUGAAUCGCGAGUUCAGCUGACAGUUGAUCUACAGACUCAAGGAAUUACAAGCGUGAGCCCAACAACUCUGCAAUAUAUAACGAAGAAGGCAGAAACUAUUUUGAACAAAGAUACUGCAAUCGUGCAGGCACCUGGAUCG